CGAGCGAUUCUUUGUUACUGCUCCACCUUGUGUCGAGUGUCAAAUGCUUACGUAACGCGAAAUUAUUUUCUGCUGUGAUAGGCCUAGACAAGAAGUGAAGAGAAAAACAAAAACGUUAGGUGUAUAAAGUUUUAGCCAGCAGACGAAGGUUUCUUGCAAAUUGAAUGAAGAAUUAAGUAUUUUGAGUGGCGUAGGUCGAGAACAAACGUUUCAGAUUUAAUAAUGAGGGUUGACCACUAGCUUCCAUCGACCCGGCCAUAGUGACUCGCCCUGACGAGUAUGACAGCAGCGGUCAUGGAAAAUAUUUCCUGGGAUCCUGCUCUUUCUAAACUUCUGAACUCCCUCGAGGAGCAUAAAACCGACAUACCAAGCUGCACAGAUGAGGAGUUUGGUUUUCUUAAUGAUUUAUUGCGGUCAAAAGAGCUAAAUGCUCUCGUCAAUGUACACAACAAGAUUUUGGCUAAUGUGCAGGAUGAAAAAUUCGCCCCUGUAUUGUCUAAUUCGAUGGACAUCGAUAUUGAAGUUCUAGAUAUGCUAGCAUCGAAGACACAUAUUUCAGAGGAGUGCAAGGAAUUAUUCCAUUUGCUUCAGAGACCUCACAUACAGGUUUUAUUAGCCGGCAUAAUGGAACCUACUCUGGUUUAUGGACUUUGGCACACUGAAUCUUAAGGAAGGCCGCGGUGAAUUUGAAAGUUGCAGGGGGUUAUUUUCAUCUUACAGAUGACUGAUAUUUUUUUUUAUAUUCCAAAACUGAGAAAAAAUCAGGUUUCGAUGUUUUCCAAUGACGGCAUGUGGCUGUACAGGCAUUAAAUCUUCAAAACAGUCCCCUUACCAGGAUUUUUGGUCGAUUGACUUGAAUUUUGGUUUCCAUCCAUCUAAUAGAGCAAUUCCAUGUCAAAUCCGAAAUGAAUGACGCAGAACCUACCCGAAAAACUGGCCGAUGGACACGGCCGUAUCAUCACUCCCAGGGACCCUUCCCCCAUGAGAACCUAUAGGGGGUAACCUAUUCGAAUUUCGCAAGGGGAAAAUGAUGCCGGACAUCCCCGCACGGAGAGAAAAAUACACGACAAUCUCGUCGAAGGUAUCGCCAAAAAUUAUUGUGCUACCUACCAAUGCGGGGACGUGUCAGGGGGUACGUUGGUAAUCGAAAUGUAACACUCCUAUAAUUCGGGAGAACAAGUUAAAAAAUAGUAGGUGCGCACCACAAAGUCGUGCGCUCGGGGAUCCAAAAAUUAGGGUGCCAAUCCACUAAACGCCAUACGAUAGCCUACGUGCAUACGAAGCUUAUUCAUUCUUCAAAGCACAGAGGUCACCACUUAGUAGAGGAGCACAGGCGAAAAUUUAGUGAAUGGCACACUAAAAUUUG